AGGAAAAGCAAAACAAAGUUACUUCUGGUCUUCUGGAAUUUGGUGUAAUUCAUAAAUUCACAAAAAUUUCAAAAUUUCUAGAUCCCUUUUUGAUCGAUUUUAGAUUUUAAUACUUCGAUAUAUCGUUUUGAGUAGCAAUGUUGGUACGCCGCCUUACAGACUUCUUUGGUUACGUUGGAUAUGAGAGUUUGGCUUACCGUGCUUUCAGUAAAGGAUUUGGUAUGUCGGAGAGUGAUGAUGUAAUAACAUCAAUGGCAUCACUAGAAAAUGUCUUCCAAGAGAUAGAAAAUCCAGCAUCAACAAAAAAGUGGAAUGUGGACAUUAUUUCAGCUGUAAAAGCUUUAAUUCCGGAGAUUAUUUCUUCCGCAGAAAUGGAAAGGAAAUGUGUUUAUUUUAAGAAGUUAUCGGAAAAUGCCCAUAUCCCAACUUACGGAUCAGAAUGGGCAGCUGGAGCUGAUCUCUACAGUGCUUAUGACUGUGUGAUACCCGCAAAGGAUAAAGCUUCUGUUGGGACAGAUCUGCAAGUUCAAAUUCCACGAGGUCAUUACGGUAGAAUAGCGCCACGCUCAGGUCUUGCUGUCCAAAAAUUCAUUGAUGUAGGUGCCGGAGUUGUUGACUCGGAUUAUAGGGGUCACCUUAGUGUGGUGGUUUUCAAUUUUGGUACCGAAGAUUUCCAUGUAAAAAAAGGUGAUCGAAUAGCCCAAUUCAUCUGUGAGAAAAUUUCUCACUGCGAUUUCAUCGAGGUGAAAUCACUAGACAAAAGUGAUCGUGGUACGGGUGGAUUUGGUUCAACAGGUGUAUAAUAUUUUAAAUACAACAUAUAUGCCGAAUUAGAAAUUCCAAC